AUGGCUCCCAAGCCGAAGGGGAAGGCUCUAGUUGAUACGCCUCGCAAGCGACCAGCGGCCCAGAUGUCCGGCUCUCCUGAGUCGCAGGCGCCCGCCACGCCUGUUCCUUCUGGUGUCGCCUCCCCCACAUCACGUUCUCGCACUGUCCGUCCGUAUCGCUCGCCUGAAGUCGAGGGUGAAGCUGAGGAGCCCGAGGGCUCCGUCGUUCCUGAGUCUGAGGCUCCAAAGGGUGAGCGCACCGUGCUUGGGUGGAAGGUUGCUGCCCGCUGUGAGGUUCCCGAUUCUGCGGGACGCCUUCGCGCUGGCUCCCGCCCGUGCUGCGUAAAGUGUGCGCACACGUAUUACAACUUCCCAGGCCAGAUGUGCUGUGCCUCAAUCAAUGGUAGCCCUACGUCAUGUUUUGGCACCCAUUGGUCGUCUGCAGCUGUAUAA